GCUUAGCCCCCGAAUUCGCAAUGAAUCGCGCCUGCAGACUAUGGCCUCUGCCAUGGAGAGCAUGCGCCAACCUGGGGUUUAGGACGUUGAACUCGGCGUCCUCCUAUUCGGCCUUUUCUUUCCGAGCUUCGCCCACCUUCACGGCGUCGUCGAGGUUACCUGGCACAGUCGAGGUCUCGAAGCAGCGAUUUGAGGAGCUCUUGGAAUCAGAGAUGGUGCAUUUUGCACGGGCCAUGAAGCCACAUCCUAUGACGCUCCAGCAGAUCCUUCACUUGCGGGAUCCUACAGAACUUCGCGAGUUUCUUUUGGAGGAGCUACCAAUACGGUACGCUCGGCGGGUGCAGCUGAUUGAGUCGCUGCCCGGCUGGAACAGCUUCGGCUCUAUGCGAAUGAUUCGCUCCUUGUAUUUUGACGCGUUUCGUAGACUUCGAGCACUGACCCAAGAGGACAAGGACAGCUUCCGGAGCGAGCUGCAAGCCAUCAAGCGCAGGAAUGGGAACAUGCUCUUUCACGUGGUGAGGGGUGCCCGCGCCAUGCGGACCAACACGACCCUCGCAGAUGAGCAGGUGAAUCGAUUUUUGGACGAGUUUUUGACGGCUCGGAUUGGCACUGACAUCCUUUCGUCACAGUAUUUGGCCAUCACAAGGCCAGAUACACCAACAUCCGUGGUGAAUCCAGAAUGUGAUCCCGUGGGUGUUGUACGUUCGGCUGCCCGAGAUGCAGCGACUCUUUGCAGGCACCACUAUGGCUGGAGUCCACCCAUCGAUAUUGUGGACGUCGGCCAGGUUCGAUUUCCGUUUAUUUCCCAGUACUUGAACUACAUAAUGUUUGAGUUGCUGAAGAAUUCUCUGCGGGCGAUGGUGGAGAAGUUUGGGUCUCGGCCAGAAGCAGAAGCGUAUCCAAUUCGUGUGGUCAUUUGUGGGGAUGACGACACCGUGGUGCUACGCGUGUCUGACUCUGGAGGGGGUAUUCCGUUGGACGACAUGGAACAGGUGUGGUCUUACAUGUACACGACGGCAAGACCAGCAUGCGAGGAGGCUUCGAAUGGGGAAAUGAGCCCAAACGAAGAUGACGACUCUGAUGAUGACGGAGUUGCGCCGCUUGCUGGCUUUGGCUGCGGUUUGCCGCUAAGCAGGAACUACGCGUGCUACGUUGGUGGCUGGCUGGAGCUCAAUUCCAUUCCCGAGUUUGGUACAGAUACGUACUUAUACUUGAACCGAGCUGGGAACGCCCAGGAGGAAUUGAGGACCGACCUAGAUGCAGCUUUGCCGAUCCGUGGCUCGCUGCUGAACGGAGCCUACUACAGCAGCGCAAGUAGCGUGUCACCCAAUUUGUGAUGCGC